AUGACAAAGCCGUGUUUUCAGGCCCUUCUGGAAGACCAGCCAGAUCAGGACCAGUCUGACCUCAAGGGGAAUGUUGUUCCAGAGGCAGAUCAGGCUACUAAAGAGCCAGUAGAAGACACUGACCCUAGCACUUUAUCCUCAGAAAAUAUAACAGAUAAGUAUCCUGUUCAAGAUACAGCAUUACCCAAAGAUGAAGAAUACCAAACAGAAAAAGUGACUUUGGAAAUUUCAUCCAUUAACAUUAGAAGCCUAACAUCAGAUUCAGGCCUGAUACACCAGCCAGAAGAGGAUGAUGACACUCAAAGUAGUGCUGGUGAUUCACCUACAGCUCUGAAGAAGUCAUGUACAGAAAAUGGCUCUUGCUCUUUGUGUACAUCUCACCAACCAACCAUCAGUGACCUGCUAAAUGAUGAGGACUUGCUGUAUAUGAUGAGGAUCAAACUGGAUCCAUCCCACCCGACAGUGAAAAACUGGAGAAACUUUGCAAGCAAAUGGGGAAUGACCUAUGAUGAGUUGUGCUUUCUGGAACAGAAACAACAGAGUCCCACCUUGGAGUUUUUGUUACGGAACAGUGACAGAACUGUGGAGCAGUUGAUUGAUCUCUGUAAAUUAUAUCAAAGAGUUGAUAUUGAGAAAAUACUGCAGAAGUGGGUGGAGAAAGAAUGGCCAAAGAGAGGGCAUGGGGCCUAUCAGAAAAACUUAUAAAGGAGAAAAAAUGGCAAUGGCAGAAAACCAAGAAUAAUAGGGUUUGGUUGUUUAUUACUGGUGUAUAUAGAACUUUUUUUUUUGCUAGGGAAAGAACCACAUGCUUAUUUUUACAGCAUAAACUGUUAAUGUGCUUAGCCUUUGUAGUGACAAGGAUGACCUUUAAAUAUGAAUUAGUUAAAUGUCUUUCACAGGUGUCUUCAGUCUACUCAGAUUUUUCCAAGCAACAAGAGAAGAAUGAAAAUUAUCAGCAUGCUAUAUAGGAUAGCUGCAUAAUCAGCCACGUCUUUGUCCUGUAUUCCUCUCUCAUUGGAUACUGUAUAGAAAUUAAAGAUAGGAGGGAAAGGGGGUUCCUCUUUGAGAAAUAAUCCAUGCCUGUACCUGUGAACUAGGCCCUGUUAAACCACUGCCCACGUUGCCUUUGUUCAUGAACAAACCAGAACAGAAGACACCCCAGAUCAGAACUGGGAUAUUCUCAUAGGAUUUCAUCAAAUUAGCACAUUCUAGAAGGGAGAACCUUUAUAGCCAAAGAUAUAUAUAAACAGUACAGGAAGAAGCCAUAUUUUUUAAUCAUCCAGAGCCAGCAUCAGAUGUUGGGAUAUUCCAGCAGGGCCAACUCUAGACAUUUUGGCACCCUAGGCAAAGUCAUAUUCUGGUGCCCCCUAUGAUUAAAUUUAACCCUCGAGUGGGUAUGCUGAUGCACGGAGUGCACCAUUACUGCUUUUCUGGGUAUAACUUCAAUAAGCUGAUAGUCACACGACUCACUCACUCAGUACCUUCCUAUCAGACCAUUGUCUUGCUUUGGUAAUAUUAUCAGCUUCCUGAGGUCCAUAGCUGUAAUAAUAAUAUCUUUUCUGUGACUUGUAAUGCCUGGUUGGUAUGCUGUUAACUACCACUUGACCAACUUUGUGGAUAAGCGUUUUUGAAAAGUGUAGAAAGAAAAGGUUCUAAAUGAGGAAAGAUGAUCAGAUUUUAUACUCAUACUGUGUAAUUUGGAAGUCGUUUCAACUUUGGUGCGCCCUAAAAUUUGGCACCCUAGGUGACUGCCAGAGCAGUGCACUCUGUCCUAUGCCUCCUCAGCUUGUUGCCACUUUCCUGCCAUCUCUGAGUGAUGAAACUGAAGAAUCCCACCACCACACCACCCCCGGGUACAGGCUGAACCCAAAGAGACAAAGCAAGUGUAUUGAUGGGAGCAACAAUAAUUUUUAAAAAUGGUGGAACCAGGUGGGGUGGAAAAACUUCCUGAAGGUAUCAGAGGCUGACAAAAUCUGGAGCUGAUAAGGAAUACCUAAUCCAUUUGUAUAUACUAAUGCAGUUUUGAUGUCCCUAUCACAGUUUUAAAGCCAAGAUAAGUAGAAUGUAGAUCAGAUAUGUGGUAGAUCAGCGAGUGUUCUUGGAUCCCUGUUUCAUUCCUCCUCAGCCCAGUGUCCUCCAGAUGUGUUGGUCCGCAGGUGCUCAUCUGCAAGAAUGUUGGUCAUUAUAGCUCAACUCAUCUGGAGGAUACCAGGCCAAGGAACUUUAUCACAGCAACGAUGUUUCCAUUUUUCUAAACUAGGCUAUUAGACUAUCUUACAUGUGGUAACUAAAAUGUAGACUUGCACAUGUGGAUCCUCCCAGGAGAUGGUGCCUCAGGCAAAGAAUAAGUAAUUGGCACCAACCUCUGCACCAAAUUGAUCUUAAAACUCAAAUUUAAAAACAUUAAAAAUGAAGCUCUCACAGCUCUGAAACCUAUCUGUAACUUCAUUUCAAAUCCUUAUUUAAUGGGUGACACAGAUAACUCUGUCAACUUAAUCGCAGUAUUGAAAUAUCUGAUCAAGAAGUACAUUUCCUUGAGUUAGGACUGCAUUUUUAAAUUAUCUACCA